GCAAGCAUCUCUCGUGAUCCAGACAAUAUCGAAUACAUGCGUCUCAACAUAAAUUCACAACACGUUUAAAAUAGUUUCAAAGAUGCGGCUCGAUUUUCUUUCAUCUUAUGAGUCUAUGACAAACACAUAUACUUUGAUUUGGUUACGAAGAGUAGUUUUAUGACUUGUAAGAAAUACGUCAAAGUUUAAUAUCAUUCAGCACAGGAUAUUAUUGAGUAUAGGGAAAGUAGGAUAUGGCUAAUGGCUGUUGAGUUGCUAUUUUUAUCUUAAAUAUAAAUAUAUAUCGCCAUGAUUCAUUGUAUUUGUAAAUCACAAGUAGUUGACUAAAUGCAUCAUUUAUCGUGCUAAAACGCGGAAAACAGGAUAACUUAGGGAAUGGUUUUGAACACAGUUUAUUCCUUGAUCUGGAAUGAGAAGUGGUGGUUCCCGAAAAAUAUAUCCGGGCACAAGUAUGGAUGGCAGGAUUUAGAAAAUCGAGCCGGGUCUAAGAUAUAUUUACCGCAGAUAUGGGACAUUCAGUGGGCACUAGUAUUUGGCAUUGGUCUAGUGUUUAUCCGAUAUAUUCUAGAAAAGAUACUCUUGGCCCCUCUAGCUAUCAAACUAGGUAUUCAAGUACGACGUUCACCUCAUGUAGCGAAGAAUCAAAUCCUCGAAGCUGCCUAUAGACGGAAGAAAAAACCAGUUGACGUUGAGGUUUUAUCGAAGCAAACAGAUAUGACAGUGAGACAGGUUGAAGUCUGGAUGAGAGACAGGAAGAAAAUGGACUCUCAUACUACAUUACAAAAAUUCUGUGACAGCGGAUGGCAUUUUCUCUUUUACGUCACAGCGUUUACAUAUGGUAUCAGCGUCAUGUGGAAUAAACCAUGGUUUAGCAAAACGAUAGACUGUUGGGUAGGAUGGCCUUUACAGAAUGUCACAAACGAUAUCUACUGGUAUUAUAUGAUAGAGUUAGCAUUCUACUGGAGUUUGAUAUUUACCCUCAUCUCGGACCCCAAAAGAGCAGAUUUCUACCAGAUGUUUGUCCAUCAUGUAGCUACCAUUGUGUUGAUGAAUUUCUCGUGGAUGGUUAAUUUUGUAAGAAUCGGAACACUGGUGCUAAUCGUUCAUGAUGUUGCAGACCCGUUACUCGAGCUCACAAAGAUGGUUAAUUAUUUAAAGUGGAAGAGAUCUACAGACUGUAUAUUCGUCGUGUUUGUAAUUUCUUGGAUCACAUCCAGGCAUAUCGUUUUUCCUUAUGCAAUUUUGUAUAGCACAACGUUUGAGAUUUUAUCUGUGUUCGGCGAGCCGACGUUUUUCAAUUUUUUCUUCAACUUCUUCCUUUACCUUCUUCUUGCCCUCGGGUUUAUGUGGACGUACCAUCUUUUUAAAGCUGUCAUCAAAAAACUGUCGGAAGGAGAGGUAACUGACACGAGAAGUGACUCAGAGACGGAAGAUAGUCCACACGAAAAUGGUGUUGCUGUAGCCAAUGGGAAAUCUUAGCUUGACGACUUUUCCGAACAGCUUCAGUAGGAAAAACAUGUACAGAGUUCUACUAAGAAAUAUAUCGGCAAGGAAACUGUCGUGCUCCUUUAAAAACGAAUUAUACAACUAUUUUGAACGCUUUAAUUAGAAAUGGGCCGUUCCUUGAGAAAACCAGAAUUAGUAUUUAGUGACAUGAUAUAAUUAUUGCAUAAUAAAUAGUUUAGGGUAGUGAAAACUCACCUUUUUGUGUUCAUGCAUAACUAGAAGUUAUUUUAUUGAAAUUCAUUAUCUUAGACAAAUCAAACUCUAACAUACUUUACAAAUGUUAUUUGUGUUGUCAUGACAACCGAAAUACAAAAUGUACAAUUAAAAGAUAAAGGGAUCGUGAUGAAACCAAAGACGCACGGUUAAGUUGUUUUAAGUAGUUUGUUUUCAAACUCUGUCAGUAAUCAAAUGUAUGAUGUAGAGUUAGUGAGACGAUAAUAUAAAAUAUACACGAUCAUACUACUUAGGCCUACAUAAAUGCGUUUUUGUGACAAAUUAAAGAUAUUGAAAUAAAAAUUAAGUUAAUUUCUUUACAUUUUCAAAUUUGAAAGAAAAAAAUAUGAAUAUUUUGUUAUCUCGAUCUAGGUUUUGUCAUGAAACGGUCCAAGCAUAACGAUUUUAUAAUUGAACAGUAAUACUGUGUCUAUUAACUAUAGAUUCGUUUUUCAAAACCAUAACAAAAAUAACUGAAAACGAUCAUCAGGCGUAUAAGAUACAAAUUUCCCCCCUUCCAUUGUAUCUAGUCAGUUUUCACCCAUAUUCUAGCGUUGCAACGAAAUAAACUGUAUUAAUCUUUCAUUGAAUUGUUUAGUAGCAAUUAUAGGUUAAUAGAUUUUGUAUCAAGUACGCACGAGUUGUGAAGCGGAAAUUUUGCCCAAAUUUAAUAGCGCGAUGCAACUCCGCGGAAAAACGAGUGCAUAUUUCUCGGUGCAGAGCUAUUAAUCCUUAUUACUGCAUUAGCUGUUGAUCAAAAAAUGGGAUAUGUGCAUUUUACAUUUGUUAUUGGCUGUUAUUGUAGACUAGAAACGGGUUUUCUCUCAGCAUAUCCAGGUAUACAGCAUGCAGUAUGCCUUUCUUUAUAAAUUCCUUUUCAGCAUGUCCUAAAUUUUGAAGAAAAACAUCCAAUUAUUUCAUCAAUAUGUUUGAUUUUAAGGUUUUAUAUAGUGGCAGUCGAUUGCAGUGAUAUAACUGCAGUGGAAUUACAGACAAUGCGUUGAUUUCUUUUAGAAAUAAGUAGGGUAUAUUAUCAUGUGGAAAUCUGCCCUUUUGUGUAUAAGCUGUGUAAAGGGAGACUACGUUUACACUCCAGUAGACUCAUUGUUUGUUGGCGGAAUUAAAGAUUGGAAUGAUGAUUAAAAAUACUGUUUGCAUGCAAUAAAUUUCUAUGAUAGAUAUCCACUUUAGUAUAUUUUUACAUGUAUGUUUUUAAAAGUUAAUGUCAUGAACCCCAUCAACUUUGUUUGCCACAUAGACACACGAUACACAAGCACAGACUAUGUUGAAACCCAUUACAACGUUCAUAGACGGAAACCAUAUGUCAAAGACCCAGAUUUUUAAGGGGACUCUUCCAUAGAGUUAAGUCAUUUUUAGAUAAAGAAACACAGUUCUAUUCGGGGCUUCCAAAGCAAUAUUUGUUAAACAGUUUGUAAUAUGAUGAAAAAUUUCCACUUUUCUGCGUUAGUCACGCGGUAUAACUGAUAAGAUUGUGACAUAAUGGUGCUAGAAUUUUAUUCAGCACUUAAAUUCUCAAGCAUUGGUUGAUGGCAUAAAAACACAUGUUUGGGUAAAAACAAUUGACACGUGCAUACUUUAAAGAAGAAAUCUGGGUCAAGAUACAUGUAUGGUUUGAUGACGACUUUUACAAAAGUCCGAUGUUUAUGGCGUUCUUUAUAACAGAACAAGGGUUUUCUGUAUCUCUAUGGACCCCCUUCAGGAGUUCAAGAGUAACCAUUGUAUCAGCUGUAAGUGCAAAAGACAAAGUACAUCCAUGUUGUUUCCGUUCCAUCGAUCAUUUAUAAGUGUAAAUAUGUUAAAAUUGUUAGUGUAUGGAGGAAAGCAAUGUACCAGAUGUUAUUGUUUGUUGUUGAUGUAGAACUUGUAAUUGAAGUUUUUUUUUAUUCUUGAUCUUUUCCACUUUAAGUGACAGAGCUAUGUAAAUGAUAUAAAGUACAUGAAUAGAAACAUAUUGAUACCUCUUGAACCACGAUUUUAAUCUCAUUAAAACGACUAGAAUAGAAUAGAAUAAAAUAGAUAAUGUAAGUUUUAUCACAAAAAUAUCUGCGCAAGGGUUAGUUCGUAUAUUGCCCAAAUAUUCGUUUACUAAACAAUAGCAGUUUCACUGAGUAUUUAAUUGUUUGAUGGAAGUAGUUAUUACAAUUGUGCAUAAUAGAUCUAACUUUCCUGUUAAAACGCAUAUAUUGUUCAUUCGUAUUUAAACUUGGGUAGAUUAACGGGUAUCGACACUAGUUUGAUAUUAACAGAUAGAAAUUCUCAAAUUAAACUUCAGUUUUUGCGAAAUAGUACCAAUUUGUGAAGUUUUUGGAGUACUCUGGCUUUAUUACAGUACACCUAGAAAUGCCCACAUUUAGUUGUCAUUUUUGUAUAAUGAAAUUAAGCGUCCUGGGUAUAUGCCGACUUUGUUUCUUGCCAGUCUCUGUGUACAAAUGUAUUUGCUUUGAUCAUGUCAAAUAUCUGAAAUAUUUGCUUUAAAUAGUCAUGUAAGGUGUCUGAAAUAUUUGCUUUGAUCAUGUACAUUGUAUCUGAAAUGUUUGCUCCGAUCUAGCAAAAUAUCUGAAAUAUUUGCUUUGAUCAUGUACAUUGUAUCUGAAAUACUUGCUUUAAUCAUGUACAUUGUAUCUGAAAUAUUUGCUCCGAUCUAGCAAAGUAUCUGAAAUAUUUGCUUUGAUCAUGUACAUUGUAUCUGAAAUAUUUGCUUUGAUCAUGUACAUUGUAUCAGAAAUAUUUGCUCCGAUCUAGCAAAGUAUCUGAAAUAAUUGCUUUGAUCAUGUACAUUGUAUCUGGCAUAUUUGCUUUGAUCAUGUACAUUGUAUCUGGCAUAUUUGCUUUGAUCAUGUACAUUGUAUCUGAAAUAUUUGCUCCGAUCUAGCAAAGUAUCUGAAAUAUUUGCUUUGAUCAUGUACAUUGUAUCUGGCAUAUUUGCUUUGAUCAUGUACAUUGUAUCUGAAAUAUUUGCUCCGAUCUAGCAAAAUAUCUGAAAUAUUUGCUUUGAUCAUGUACAUUGUAUCUGAAAUAUUUGCUUUGAUCAUGUACAUUGUAUCUGAAAUAUUUGCUUUAAUCGUGUACAUUGUAUCUGAAAUAUUUGCUUUGAUCGUGUACAUUGUAUCUGAAAUAUUUGCUCCGAUCUAGCAAAAUAUCUGAAAUAUUUGCUUUGAUCAUGUACAUUGUAUCUGAAAUAUUUGCUUUGAUCGUGUACAUUGUAUCUGAAAUAUUUGCUCCGAUCUAGCAAAGUAUCUGAAAUAUUUGCUUUGAUCAUGUACAGUGUGACUGAUAUAUUUUUUUUGAUCAUGUACAUUGUAUCUGAAAUAUUUGCGUUGACCAUGUACAGUGAGACUGAAAUAUCAUCAUGUACAGUGUAUCUAAAAUUUUUGCUUUGAUCAUGUACAUUGUACCUGAAAUAUUUGCUAUGAUCAUGUACAGUGUACCGGUAUCUGAAAGAUUUGCUUGAUCGUGUACAUUGUAUCUGAAAUAUUUGCUUUGAUAUUUUAUAAUCUGCAUAAUAUGCAUAAUUUUUACUAAUUGUUUUACGUACGUUGAUUUAAAGUAUCUUCAGUAGUACAUGAUUUUUUAUUAAUUCAGUAUCAUUAAUGAUGCAUAUCUUUUUUAUCAAAACCAUGCGUUCGUUUUACAAGUGUGUUGAACAAGUCACAAACUAUAGUGUUGAUUAUUGAUUUUUGUAGAGUUAAUUGACAUUGAAAUCCGAAGAUACAUUGCCCAUUUUACCACUUAAACAUUUUUGUUUCUUUCAUUUUAGAAUUUGUUUUGUUAAAGGUUUUGAGGACAUGCUUUCAGAUUUUCAUCACACUGUUUCAAGAGAUGACAAUGUCCAAAAAUAUUUUGUGUUCUAAUCUAAUGCAUUACGAGUAUGCUAUUGAAAUAAGAGUUGAAUUCUUUCUUUUUUACAUCAUAUAUAUACUGCGUUAUUAACGCAGAAGAACCUUUAUUUUCUCUAAACUUAAUAAAUCGCUCUUAUGUUAUGUUUUAUUUUUGAUUACUAACAUAAUAUAAAACAAUUUCAAAACAUAAUGUCAUAAAUCAUGGGGAGUUCUUUUAAAGGAAGUGUUAAUUGAUACUCGCAGUUUAUAUUUUGUUAUGUUCCUUUCUUUCUUUUGUAAUGUUUUACAAUAUGUUAUAUUUAAACAGAAAUUCCAGCUUAAUACUCACUGGUUUGAGUUGAGUUUGCACAGUGCUUAUUUUUAGCUUUUGCUAGAAAAUAUGUUACUAUAUUUUGCUAUGUUUUUGACUUAUAAGACCUGACCUUUUUUGUGCACCUGUAAUUCGAAUCAUAAAUUGCGUUUACAGUUAUUUUUAUAUGCACUUGUAUUUUAUGUCAUUAUUAAAUGUACACUUCAUUGUAAGUAACGUAUUCCGCCAGAUGAGACUGUGUUACAUAUUUUUGUAGUGCACUACACACUGCACAGUCUCUAAGGUAAUAUAGUGGCAUUUGGAGACCAGUUUGAAAAACUUCAAAGUCCGAAUGUCUGUUUUUGAAAUGCAGUCACCAGACUGAUUAAUGGCAAGGGAGCAGUUGGAGCUGGAAACUGGUCUCAAAACUCAGAGUACGGCUCUUUUCUAUACGCUACCCGUGUCACUGCGGCCAUAUGAUAGGUAUAACACAAUUAAAUUUUUGAAGCAAAGUUCAACCUAACCCUAACCUUUGGUGGUGUGUACCUACUCUGUGGAAUGUUUCAUAUGGAAAAGAGUUUUUUCACCAAAUGCUUGGAAUACAGUGUUCAAAAAUUGAGUUUGACGGAUCACUCAAAACUCCAGUACCAUCAAGUUGGUUGUUUUAGCAAAGUUUUGAAACAGACCAGUGACAAGAACUCAUUUUUACCGUGUCUCCUUACUCAAGUUUUAUAAAUCUUGACCCAUGAAAGGCCUUGAACCUCUGGCCUGUGCACUUACCAUAACACCCACCAGUAAGUGUAUAUCAAGUUAAAACUAUAACAAACUACGAGCAUACGUCUCUUUUUCAAACGAAUAUACAUGUGGGCAACUUUUUAUUUUAUAUUUCAUUUAAGUUUCCAAAACAAUUAAUAACCAGGAUAGGUGGAUAUAAAUUUGAUUUGAAAGAAAAUAAAUAGUCAACAUUUUUAA